ACGUGUAUUGCAUAACGUAUGAAUGCCCUACAUAAAUACGCCGCCGCGCCUCCGUAGAGUGUUUCCGAUGAUUGUCAUAACAAUUGUUAACGAAAUUGAGGGGACUUUUAUUCGGAUAAAAAGGACAUUCAUGUAAAGAAAUAUGGCAGCUUGUCUCAAGAGUGUGACAGAUUUUGUGGGCCUUACAGAGAAAUAUGUCCCAGAGAAUAGAACCGUGUUUGUGGGUAACAAGCCCCCACCCGUCGAAGAUGAAGCCUACAUUCCACAAGACUUUCCUGACAACACUGUUGUCUCUUCAAAGUACACAGCACUCAACUUCUUCCCUAAAAACCUGUUUGAGCAGUUCAGGAGAAUCGCUAACUUCUACUUUCUCUGUGUGGCAGUAUUACAGUUAGCCAUUGAUACGCCAGUGAGUCCUUGGACAAGCAUCUUGCCUCUCAUCUUCGUGGUUGGAGUUUCUAUGAUCAAACAGGGUUACGAAGAUUGGUUGCGUCACAAAGCAGAUAAUGAGGUAAACAAGCGAGCAACCCUCGUCGUGCGAGACGGAGUGAUCGAGAAAAUCAAGUCAAAAGAUGUUCGGGUUGGUGAUAUCGUCAAAGUCCAAAACAACGAUGAAAUACCAUGUGACAUGGUCUGUAUAUCAUCAGUGCGAGAGGACGGUGACUGUCAUGUGACCACUGCCAAUUUGGACGGUGAAACAAAUUUAAAGAUAUUCCGGUCCUUACCCGACACUGCCAUUCUACAAACAGAGGAAAGCCUUAACUCUUUAACUGCCGUCGUGGAGUGCCAGCAACCCAUCUUAGAUCUCUACAAAUUUGUCGGGAGGAUGACGCUAUACCAAAACACCGAUGUGCCUAAUCAGAGUACUCCUACUCGAAAGCCUUUAACUGCAGAAAAUGUCUUAUUACGUGGAUGUCGCCUUAAAAAUACAGAAUAUGUUUAUGGUUGUGCAGUGUACACAGGAGAAGAAACUAAGAUGGGCUUGAACUCUAAAACCAAAGGACAAAAGUUCUCCUGCAUUGAAACAGUGAUGAACUACUAUCUUCUCUUCAUGCUGGGGGUAUUAAUAUUUGAAGUUUCGAUAUGUACCGGCCUCAAGUACUUCUACAACUCAAGGGGUUACGUCCCGUUUUCAUGGUACUUCUAUGAAGUCGCCAAACCGGACUACGAGAUCUCGUUUUUAGGAGUCAUGGAGGACUUCCUUUCCUUCCUUGUGCUUUACAACUACAUCAUUCCAAUCUCAUUGUAUGUUACCAUCGAAAUGCAGAAGUUUCUUGGGUCUAUGUUUAUUGGAUAUGACAUAGAGAUGUACGAUGAGAAAACCAACGAGCGUGCCGUCGCCAACACGUCUGACCUCAACGAGGAGUUGGGCCAGGUGGAGUACAUGUUCACAGACAAGACCGGUACUCUUACCGAGAAUGAGAUGAAGUUCAGACAAUGCUCCAUCAAUGGGGUCAAGUACGUGGAGGUCAAAGGUCAGUUGCAGCCGCAGAAGGAAGGGGAGGCUGAGGAUGAGUUUGACAAAGAGCAGUUCUUGCUGACCAUGGCACUAUGUCAUACUGUCCAUGUACACAAAGAAGCAGGUUCAUCUAAUGGAGUCGAGAACGGUACCGUUGGUGAGACACCCAUGCUGCAGUAUGAAGCAUCGUCACCGGACGAGAAAGCUCUUGUGGAAGCAGCAAGCCAGUACGGUACAACAUUCCUGGGAGGCACCCAAGAGUACCUGGAGGUCAAGCACAAAGGUCAGACGCUACGCUACCAGAUCCUUAACAUCCUAGAGUUUGACCCGACCCGGAAGUGCAUGAGCAUCAUUCUGAAAUCACCUACAGGAGAAAACCUGCUUCUGUGCAAAGGCGCUGAGUCAUCCCUCUUGAGAAAGAGCGUCAGCGGUAAGAAGGGCGAAACAGAUCAACAUGUCAGCGAUUAUGCUAUGGAGGGUCUAAGGACGCUGUGUUUUGGUCAGAGGAAACUAAGCGAUGAUACCUACGCAGGGAUGGAAGAAAAAUUGAGGCUAGCCGCUACAGCUUUAGAUGAUAGAGAAGAGAAGCUCUCUGAAGCAUAUGACAUGAUAGAGCAAGAGCUUCAUCUGUUAGGAGCUACAGGGGUUGAGGAUCGCUUGCAGGAUCAGGUGGCUGAGACCAUGGAGGCUCUCAGGGAAGCAGGGAUUAAGAUCUGGGUACUGACGGGGGACAAGCAAGAGACAGCGGUUAACAUCAGUCAUUCUUGUGGCCACUUCAAGGAUGGAGUAGUAGAACUCCUACUGGUCAAGCAGGACGUUGAGACAUCGUGUGUCCAGACCCUCAGAAGACUGAAAGAACAAAUGAAGCUAGAACCCCAGAAGCGUUACGCCCUCGUGGUUGAUGGUCCCAGUCUGGCCUUGACGAUGAAGCUGUACCAGAUAGAGUUCAGGGAUCUCUGCUUAGAUUGUGAAGCUGUGCUCUGCUGUCGUAUGUCACCUUUCCAAAAAGCUCAGGUUGUGAAACUAGUGAAAGAGUCCCCCUCCAAACCCUCUACCAUGGCCAUUGGUGAUGGUGCCAAUGAUGUUAGUAUGAUCCAAGAAGCACAUCUUGGCUUGGGAAUCAUGGGUAAGGAGGGUCGUCAAGCGGUACGCUGCAGCGAUUACGCUUUCUCUCGUUUCAAGUUCCUCCUCCGAAUUCUUCUCGUCCAUGGCCAAUGGUACUACCAUAGAAUAGGAAUCACUGUCCAGUACUUCUUCUACAAAAACUUUGCCUUCAUCACUGCCCAGUUCUACUUUGCCUUCUUCUCUGAGAUGUCACAACAGCCUAUGUUUGACAGCAUGUACCUGACCCUGUUCAACAUCACCUUCUGUGCAUUACCCAUCUUACUGUUCGGUAUCUUUGAGCAAAAUCUUCCUGCAGAGAUGCUCCUCAAGAAUCCCAAGCUCUAUAAAGAGAAUCAGCGAAACUCCUACUUCAAAAUGUGGAAGAAUUGCUACUGGGUCUUAUUAGGUAUCUACCAGUCUAUCGUCUUCUUCUUUGGAGCAAUGCUUCUUCUCAAGGAUGAUGUUCCUCUUAUGUCGAAUAUGAAGAACUACGGUCUUUGGUCGUUCGGUACUCUAGUCACGACAGGAUGUGUGCUGGUUGUAAAUUUCAAGCUGUGUAUCGAGAUAUGCAACUGGGAUGGCUUUCAGAUCGGUGGUAUGAUUAUACAGCUCCUGGGCUACCCGGUUCAAGUGGCUCUCUUCUCAGGAUUAAUAUGGCAUGAUAUAUUUCCAAUCUCUCUCUUUGCUAGCACUGGUCUAUACUGGGUGUUCUUUGAAGCCCAUAACAGUUGGACUGUGUGGUUUUGGAUCCUCGGUGUAAUAGUAGCUUGCUUCCUACCAGACUAUAUCUUCAAGACCUACUGCUACUACUAUUAUCCCAGCAGAGCGGUGGUUGUUAGGAGAAAUGAUGAUGAUGCAUGCAUGUCGUGCAUUCGAUGGCAUCGGCGUCACUCUAGUCGUCUUGAGAACAGUUCGGAUGCCGACAUGACGCACAGUAAUGCAAACCUAGAAACCAUCUCAAAUACUCCAGACACGCAGCAACAGCACACAACCUCUGCUGCUAACUUGAUCUGGGAAGAGUCGUCAAACAAGACAUCGUACCACAACCCUAGUGUUGUCAUGGAGGACGGACUGCCCCUAACGACCUACAAGAGAACCUCCAGCUCCCAGAAGGCUAAUAAUAACACCGACUAGCAAUUAACAACCCUCUCCAAGCAACCUCAUCCACCACUUAGCAACAAAUCAACAACUAGGCAACAAGCUUGGUGAGGGAGAGUUGCUGGAGAUCAUCAAAAACAGCUCCGAGGGCCAACACAAACACCAAUUCCACAUUCCUCACCAGGCAAAAACAUCAUCAUCCGUCGCUAGGCAACACAUCCUAAACUAGGCAACAGGCUUGGUGAGGAAAGGGUUGCUGAGUCCAUCUCCACAGGGAAUGAAGUAAUUGCUUUAAAUACAAGAUGGAUUCGUUCCUGAAUGUUGUGUGCUGGGCUGUGGGGGAAACGAAUUCUACCAAAUAUAUUAGCAUUCCUUACCAGGCAACAUCAUCUAUUGCUAGGCAACAGAUUAGUUGCUAGGUAAUUGAUGAAGUAUUGCGCGACAAAUCAACAACUAGGCAACAGGCCUGGUACGGAAGGUUGCUGGAGAUCAUCCUAUCUGAGUGAUUCUUUAAAGGUAUAAGAUGAAGCGUGUUCUUAUGUUGUGUACUGGGAGCUGGAGAAAAAAUGCUACUGAAAAAUCAAUAUCCCUCUCCAGCCCACAUGAGCUGUUGCUAGGCAACAUAUCAGCUACAAAGGGAAGAGGGACGCUGAGAUCAUCGUAAUGGGGAAUAGUGUUAAUGUCUAUAUGGUGGUUGAAUUCUCAUAUGUUGUGUGCUUGGACUGAGAAAUAUGUGUUGGAGUCACGAUUACAUGUUGUACAGCAACGAAGGAAGUAUAUGGACUAAGAGCUUUAGCCUAAACGAUGUUCAAAUCCUCUGAUUGACACUACAAACUUUUGCAUGCAGAGUGGACCUAAUUCAUUUUAGCACUGCAAUCAUAGUGCUGUGAGAAGAAUUUAAGAGACACCUACUCUGCUCAUCACGUGUGCAUUUACAACUCAUUGUCACAAUACCAAUUUGUUGAAUUAUAGUGUGAUAUUCAUAAUUACAGCUGCUUUAACGAUUGAUGUCUUUCACAUGUUCUGCCUUUGAUGAAUAACUCAAAGCCUAAUAGUCAACCAAAGCUCUCUUUCUUAAUAAGUGUUUGUAAUAAUUCCAAUCCACGAAGGUACAUUAUGAUCUGAUCAUGUGUUUUGCCUUUGAGGAAAAAAAUCAGCAAACCUAUACAACAAAGGUUUGACCAAAACUGUCUGACAUACAUGUUUGUAACCAUUUGUUUCAAAAGAGAUUAAAUGUUAUCUGUGUCAUAGUCCACCGUGGGAAGCAGUUAUUUUCAAGUUUAAGAAACAUGUUCUGAUAUGAUAUAUUUCAGGUACCAAUUUGUUUCAUCAAUUGAGUCAUUUUUUUGUGCUUUGUAUCACGCCCACAGAUAUACCUGUAUAUUGUACAUGAAAAAGUACAAUGUUAAAUGUCUAAGCAAUAACCGUGCCAUAUUUCAGAUAUGCUGUACAGAUGUAGCAGGAAUAUUAAUAUUUUUCAUGAUUAUUCAUGAUGUUUUCCUAUUUUUAUUGAUGAUGUUCAAUGAUCUACUCAAAGCUUGCUGUAUUCAGUUUCAUAAGAAAAUUAGUACAACUUAACAAAAUAUCUCUUACAAAUUCUAAUGAGUUUGAUAGAUCUAUAUCCAGCCAUGGUGGAAUGACACAAUGAGAGUAUAUUUCUAUUGAUUCAUUCUUUUUAUUUGAACAAUAAUUAUCUGUGGCACUACAUGUACUUACUCCUUCAUCUUACAUGUAUAUUGAGCUGUUUUUUGUUUCCUUUCUUACUUUUGAAUGCCUUAUUGAAAUACUUAUUCGAGUUUUUCUUGCAUAAUCUUCUUGCAGACUUCAAGUGAAGGUAUGCAGUUUGUGUCUUUGAUAUGCACUCCAUUUUGUCAGAUUCAGGACCUAUUUCUCAUAUAGGCCUUGAAGCUAGACUGCUGCUGCCUCACAUAAACAACCUGCCUAAAAGGACUUUCAAAUGAUGUGAUUUUAUAAAUCUUUUGAUCUGUUUCUCACCAUUUAUAUUUCAUAAUAGUACUUCAGUCAUAUUCAUUCCUUCAUCUAUGUGUCUUAUAUACUUUAGCCUCAUGAGAAUCAAUCGUGUGUGAACAAAUCUCCUCGUGGAAUAAUCAGAAACUUGUGUCUUUUUAAUAAUUACCUUUCAUCUUUCAUCACUUUAUCAAUCAUGUAUGUUGUUUGUACGUUGUAUGAUUAAUCUUCUGUGUUAAUGUAAGAAUCCAUUCAUUGAGAUCAUUUUUGUGUACCAUUUUGUGCAAUUUUAACUAGUUUUAUUUUUAACCACAUAAUUAAUGAUUUAUAAACAUGUGUGUACCCAAUAGAUUAUGUUAUAUUCAUGUACACUCAAACUUGUCUUAGUGGCAACCUUUCUAUAAAGGCCACCUGUUUUUAGCGGCCAAGCAUUUUGUCUCCCUCGAGUAAGAAAUGUGUGCUAUAGAACCUGUCUAGAAAGGCCACCUGUCUUCAGUGGCCACUCUCUCUGUUUCUCCUUGAGUGGCUUCAAUAGACAGGUUUGAAUGAUUAGAGCUAGAAGGGAGUUACCUAGGUAUAUGGUUGAGUAUGGGAGCUAAGGCCUUCCUUGCUCCCAUUAGUUGUUUACAUCAGAUACUUUUACAUUCCACCUGCAAAUCACAAGUUAAAAGUUACAGGUAUUAUUUAACAUUUUGUUUAAAAAGUUGUGCCUUGUUGAAUUGAGCAAAGAUCUGCAAAUUUGUAUGUAAUUAUACAUGUAUAUGUUCACCAAAACAUAAUUAAUGUUUAACUUUAUAAAUCAUUUAGAUAUUUACAUAUUAUAUACCAAUCAGUACUUAGUUGAUUUGCUGCUUUAUAAGUUGCAAUUGAAAAGGGUACAUGUACAUGAAUGAGUAAUUUUUAAUGACAGCUCGACAAUUUGUUGUAGUCUUCUUUCUUUCUUUUUUUUUCCAUAUAAGAACUAGCUAUUAUUAUUAUUAUUUAUGGUAAUCUUACAUUGUAUGUGAUUGAGAAGUUUGCUUUAGACUUUAAAAAUCUAAUAUGUGUGUUUUAUUUGUGUAGUUGUUGCUGUUUAUUCUUUGCAACUGCGAACAAUAGCAACUUCAGGUAUCAACAAAUAAGUGCUCGUUCAUGUAGUGCUGGUCAUUCUCUCAUUUUGUGAUAAUGGUACAUAUACAUAAAGUAUUUCAUUGUAUGUAAUAAGGAAGAUUUUCAGUUGAACAUACCAUAGUCAUUUACUAUCAGCCAUAUUGUAGUUUUUAUUUACUGAGGAAAUCAGUGUACCUCAUUGGUGAGAAAGAAAAACACAUACUGCAUAUACAGACAAUAGAUUAAAUUUGAAGUUGGUUAUGCACCUGUACCUACAGAUGUUAGGAAUUAUUUUUUAUCCAUGUCAUCUUUAAAUGUCCUCAUUUUUACGAACCAAUCAAAGAGAUAUGAAGAAGACCAGCCAAGGUUAUCCAUUUUACUUUGAAGACACUAUAGAAUAGCAAACAAAACUACAUGUAAGGUAUGAUAUUUAUUGAUUCAAUAAUCCAUAUUACUGGUUUUAAAUAAAAGUGAUAGUAAAUAAAUGAAUAUUUAAACAAAAAUAUAUAUACUGCUUUGUGACAAUAGCUGCUCCAUCAUCCUUCAUGAAGUACAUUCCCAAUCAGGAUAUCAUGUACUUGUAUUGAUCAGUGCCUACCGUACUUGUUUAUUUCAGUCGUUGUUUUCUAUUUUGUAUAUGAUUCUUGCAUUCCACCCAUUUUUGUGAAUCUUUACAAAGUAAUUUUGAUAGAUAUAUAUUUUUCAUGAUCUUUAAUUUGAAUGCUAAUAUCAUCAGUUUAGGGCCAGAAAGGCAUUAACUCUGUGUAUUAUCAGGAUGUGAGUUAAUUAACACCCUUCUCGCUUUAAACAUGUGUAUAAUUAUGCUGAUGUGUUUGUACAUUAUAUACAUACCAUGCGUUGAAGAUUUCAAGUACUUCAGGAUUAUCUCCUCUCUAAAGCCAAAAGGGCGUUAACUCAUAGGGGGCUUGUAGUUUAAGCAGAGUUAAUGCCCUUCUGGCUCUAAACAGAAGAUAUGUAAUGUACAUGUAUGUGAAGAUACUUACAUACAAUUUAACUGUAACUGAGUCAAUUUAGUUUGAAAAGAUUGUUUAGAGAUUUAAGUAGUUGAGUGCCGAGAAGACGUCACUGCAAUAUAAUUGGGUUGGAUACAAACUAAGGUCUUUCUUGUUCUCAGCUGUAAAUGACGGACUAAUCCUGUGGUGUAUAAUUUAUUGAAAUUGUAGAUGUUACAGAUUUGCUAGAUGAAAUCAGAUUAUGCAAUGUACAUUUUACAAUGAAACAGAGAAUUAUGGAAUAAAUUUAUUUCUUAGAUUAUAAUAAA